UCAGUUUUGUUUUGGUGGCUGACAGACACGUGAGCUGCUGACGUCACCAGGCAAGAGGCGACAUGGCGGCGGACUCUUUGGUCAAGGUAGUGUUUGAACGUGAAGGAGUUUUUAUUCACACCAGCAGUGAUGAAGAUGGCAUCGAGCAGGAUUUACUCGUCUCAGGAUCACUUCGGAUCGUUGACAAGGAUGCAGAGAUGAUGGUGGAGUACAGACCUCUGGAGGACUCCGUCGACUCCACAAACAUGCUGUGUGCUGGAAAGGACUCGAGCUCAGUGGUGGAGUGUCAGAGUUCAGGGGAGCGAUCCAAUCAGCUGCUAGAGUCCCAGCAGAGCUACGAGACCGAGUGGGACAUGAUCAACGCUGUGUCAUUCAAGAAGAAAGCCUGCACCAACGGAGAAAACGGCGCUCUGAACCACAGCCAUGAGCGGAGCAGGUGGGCGUUCGCCUUCAGCCUCAGUGAGCUGAGCACCAUCACCGUGAAGGAGGAAGGUUGGACUGUCAUCUUCUUCCAACUGAAGGAGUCGUCCUCGCUGCCUCCUCUGCACUUCCACCAGGGCGGCAGCAUCGAGUUCCUGGACUACCUGAGGAGGUUCGCUCUGCUCAGCCAGGCUGCAGAUGAUGGCUCGUGUCUGACGGUCAGUACUCCAAACAAAGCUCUGUCUCAGUCCUUUGAGAACCUGCUGGACGACAACAACUUUGGCCUCGUGAACAAGUUUAAGAAGGACCCGUACGUCACCACAUUGGGAGGCUUCUCCAAAGUCACCAACUACAUCUUUGACGCCUUCCGGGGGACAGAGGAGCAGCACCAGCGCCCCCCAGAGGAGGUGGCCGACCUGCUGGGAGAGGUGAUCCCCGGGCUGGAGAUCAACCAGCAGGAGGAGCCGGGCUUCGAGGUCAUCACUCAGAUUGACCUGGGGGUGAGGCCUCAGGUGACGAGGGUGGGGCCUCUGUCAGUGGAGGACUGGACCAAACACCAGGACCAGGAGGGCAGGAUGACCGACGUCUCCCGCCUCAAACGCGCCAUCUUUAAAGGGGGUUUAUGUCACGCUUUGAGGAAGGAGGCCUGGAAGUUUCUGCUGGGAUACUUCCCCUGGGAGAGCACACUGGAGGAGAGGAAGGCCCUGCAGAGGAACAAAACGGAUGAGUACUUCAGGAUGAAGCUGCAGUGGAAGUCAGUGAGCGCUGAACAGGAGAGAAGAAACUCCAAACUGAGAGACUACAGGAGUCUGAUUGAGAAAGACGUGAAUCGGACCGACAGAACAAACCGCUUUUAUGAAGGCAUCGAUAACCCCGGGCUGGUCCUGCUCCACGACAUCCUGAUGACCUACUGCAUGUUUGACUUUGACCUGGGCUAUGUGCAGGGUAUGAGCGACUUGCUGUCUCCAAUCCUCUACGUGAUGGAGAACGAGGUGGACGCCUUCUGGUGCUUCGUCUACUUCAUGGACCAGAUGCACCAGAACUUUGAGGAGCAGAUGCAGGGCAUGAAGACUCAGCUGAUCCAGCUCAGCUCUCUGCUCAGACUGCUCGAUGUCUCCUUCUGGAACUACCUCGAGUCUCAGGAUUCAGGCUACCUGUACUUCUGUUUCCGAUGGUUACUGAUCAGAUUCAAGAGAGAGCUCAGCUUCCAGGACGUGCUGCGACUGUGGGAGGUGAUGUGGACCGGGCUGCCCUGUCAGAACUUCCACCUGCUGGUCUGCUGUGCCAUCCUGGACUCUGAGAAACACAAGAUCAUGGAGGAGAACUACGGCUUCAACGAGAUCCUCAAGCAUAUAAACGAGCUCUCAAUGAAGCUGGACAUCGAAGAAAUCCUGCAGAAGUCGGAGGGGAUCUGUCUGCAGAUCAAGAGCUGUAAGGACCUCCCUCAUGCGGUCAGUGUGAUCCUGGGCUUCGACUCCAGCGUUGGCAUCUCUGAGUCGUCGGCUGGCGCCUCAUCUCCCUCUGUCGGAGCGUCUCUGCGAACGGACGCCUGCUCUAACGGACACUUGAGAGAAACAAGCUCUCACACCAACAGUUGUAAAGUGGCCUUCAUAUCGUAGUGAACAGAGACUGACUGAGGUGUCAGAGGAGGGGGGCCGACCCCCAUCCCCUCCAGUCAGGAGGAGGAAAAUGUAUAAAAGGAAUUGAGAUUAUUAAGAAUCUUAUUUUUGUAAUUUCUUGUACCAUAUUGUCUCUUUGAUUCAGUCAUUCCUUCUCUGCUGAUGAUGCUCUCCAUACUCCAUCAGAAGGGGGGGGGGGGGCAUUAUUAUGUGUCUGGACAGGAGAAGCUAACAGGAGAGGCUAACAGGAGAAGCUGAGACAGAAAGCAGUGUUAUGAAUCUUUCUUCUGAAAAUGAUUCAUAAGUCUUCACAAUAAAGAGCUGGUGUUCAAUCAUAAUGCGACACUUCAUGCUUAUUCAGAGAAAAUCUCUCAGCCAGAAUCAGGGCUGUCGUGUUAUCAGAAUGUUAAACUUGGAGAUGAUUCAAAUGUACAAAUCAAGCAGUAUUGAUAACCUGUUGUAGUGUCUGUUUAGCUGUAAGUAAUUAGAAACUUUAAAGGACCGAGCAUAGAACCCUGAGGAACCCCACGGAUCAUCCAACACUACAAACAGGAUGUAAGCGGCCUCAGUCUCCUCAGUUGAUUUGUUUUUAUGAUUCCCCAGCAAAACUGACUGAACUGUUGAUGUACGGUCGUCACAGUAAUGUGGUCGGGGUAAUAUUGGCGCCCCAGUCUGUGAAUUCACAUUGAGUUUUAGAAGCACGGCAAUGUGGGAGCUCCACAUACACACACAGCGCUGUGCUCCCCCUCUUGCUCUGCUAAAACCAUCUCCCCUCAGUAACACCUCUGUUACUACCUCUAAAGACGUGCAGUGGAGGGAUCCCUUUGUUCCCCCAUUACGUCCCUGCGACAUUCGGAUUGAAGGCGAAACGUCACAGGGGCGUAAAUAUGAAACCUCUGGUCUAAAUAGGGUUCUAUGAACUUCAUUAAUGUGUCACUCCGCAGAAAUUCUGAUUUAUUACAAUCAUAUAGAAAUUGUCUUUAAAUCACGUUUCUACUGUGGGGGUUAUUAGAGUAAUUACUGAUUAGUACCACAGCUGUGACGUUAAGGUAACCCCCCCCCCGAUGGAGCAACAGGUGGGCGAAGCCUCAUGUGGCAACCCUGUGACGAGGUUUCCGGUCCAUGAUGAGGAUUUUAUUUACAGCCCAGCCCAUCACACACAUCAUUAUUAUCAUUAUUAUUAUUAUCAUCAUAUUUCUUUACAUAACCCUCUCGAGUGUCGAUCAGCUGAUUGGUGCUGGAUUAAGUUGAGUUGUGUUUUUAUGAAGUGAUCUCAUUGGAGGUCAAGUUUUGUUUCUCGUUGGGAGUUAAAUGAGGAGUUCUCAGGUUUAAUCUCCACCAUCAGAUUGAUUUAUUAGCGUUUAAAAUGUAUUACCAUUGUUUGUCACGUCGCUCAGAACCAAAGUCAAUAAAGUUUUUUAACCAAUUGCUCAAA